CCAAAAGAGCACGAGCCUCGAUCAUUUCCACUUGCUCGCCAUCUAUGCAAUGAGAUACAGGUCAACAACUCUCCCAAGCUGACAUGCUUUUUGCUGUCUUCAUGUCUUCUUCUUCUGGGUGCCUUGCAAGCCCAACAUCAUGAGAGAUCGUGCCAAACCCGCCCACGUACAAAGGCAACACUUCCUGACCACGGAGGCGAGGCGGUGCGCUUAGCGAUUUCGGCGAAAGUCCACACUCUUCAGCAAUGCCGGGUCUACCUGCGAGUAUCGAUCUUGACGAGUGUAUCGCCCAACUGUACAAGAAAAACCUGCUGGCCGAGUCAUUGAUUGAAGCAAUAUGCGCCAAAGCAAAAGAGAUGCUCAUGAAAGAGAGCAAUGUUGUUCACAUAUCUGCGCCGGUGACGGUAGUUGGAGACAUACACGGUCAGUUCUUUGACAUGCUGGAAAUCUUCAAGAUUGGAGGCUUUUGUCCGGAUACAAAUUAUCUCUUUCUCGGCGACUAUGUCGACCGAGGCCUAUUCAGCGUCGAAACGAUUUCUCUACUUGUUUGUUUAAAGCUACGAUACCCCCAACGCGUUCAUCUCAUCCGCGGUAAUCAUGAAUCACGAGGCGUCACUCAGUCAUACGGUUUCUACACUGAAUGCGCACGCAAAUAUGGCAAUGCAAAUGUAUGGCAUUACUUCACGGACAUGUUUGAUUUCCUUACCCUGAGCGUGGUCAUCAACAAUCAAAUCUUCUGCGUACAUGGAGGCCUUUCUCCUUCCAUCCAUUCCAUCGACCAAAUCAAGAUCAUUGACAGAUAUCGGGAAAUACCACAUGAAGGACCGAUGGCGGAUUUGGUCUGGUCAGACCCGGAUCCAGAAAGGGACGAAUUUUCUUUAUCACCAAGAGGCGCAGGGUAUACAUUUGGCGGGGAUGUGGUCAAAAAAUUCUUGCAGGUCAAUAACAUGUCUCAUAUCCUACGAGCCCAUCAACUGUGUCAGGAGGGCUACCAGAUACUGUACGAUGAUCGACUCAGCACAGUAUGGAGCGCGCCCAACUACUGCUAUCGUUGCGGGAAUCUGGCCAGUGUUCUUGAAGUCAGCGAUGCAGGGGAUCGAUACUUCAACAUAUUCGAGGCGGCGCCGGAGAACGAUGUGCAUCGAAACGAACAGCAACAACAGCAGCAGCAGCAAAAUCAAACAAAGGACGGGCAAGGAUCUCAAAUUGAGUACUUUCUCUAAUCGUCGAUUCAUCUCAUCGUUGGAACCAACUCACAGGCCUGUUCGUGGCACCACUGCAUGUGAGGCGCUUUACGAGCCCUUGACCUCUCGACUCUAGCCGCGCAUUGUACGAGGUGGCGCUGCAGAGCUCCAUAUGCCGAGCGACCUACUCACCCCUAAGCUCGCCGCGGUCGUCCAGAUGCACAUCAUUUCCAAUCCUUGGCUAUUUCAAACGACCAUUCGAACUCGAGAUGGGUCAUGUCGUCGUCGUCAACGAACCGGGAAACUGCGUCGUAAUGGCCACGAGCCAGCAUACCAGACGGAGCCUCUUCUUUGGCGAACUUCUUCUCGUAUGUUGGCUUGCCGGUGGUGUUUGGAGGAUAACUGCCGAUCAUUUCCUGGUCCUUGCUCACCCGAAUGCCCUUACGCUUGGUGACUUGGAUGUAUUUAAGACCGGAGAGAACUUGAUGUUGGACCACGAAAUUCGCCUUCAUCUGGUACUCGCAACCCUCCUUGAUGGUGAACGGUUUCUUCUUCAGGCUCUCAAGAGCGCCAGGUUGUGACAGAUCUAUGGUGAUGUCGGGUCGGCCUACAACUUCCUGAAGAGGGUCAGCGGUGUCAGCGAAGGUGGAACACUUUCACGUGGAUAUUACGUACCAGAGCAAGAGAUUUGAUGAUGCAGAGGCGAGGGUCAUUGGGAUUAGAGAUUGAGUCGCCGGUAGCCAGGCCAAGAGAAGCCUUCCAUCGGUUCAACGCCUCAUCUUCUUGGUCUGAAUAUAUCAAAAGUCAGUGAUAUCUUGAACAUGCCCAACAAGAAACAAGGUGAGAUAGCCUGUGUAGCCAUCAUUUAGAGACAGACAAAGAUAUCACAAACUACCCGCUCGCGCCGCUCUUUGCAUGAGG